AUGUCUGGCCUGGAUAAGGAACGCAUAACUAGGAUUAUCGAAUCCAACACGAGCGAGAACUUCUCAAAUUUUUCCAAGAAGCAGCAGCAAAGGAUAGAUGAGAAGACGGCUGUAAUAAAGAAACGUUUGGAGGCGGCUACACCAGCCGAGUGGGCUCGAGCUGAAAAAGAGAUGGAUGAAAUGGUAGCAAAACUGGAGUGUACUCGUGAUCUGCAACGUGACUGCGUUCACAUUGAUAUGGAUGCAUAUUUUGCUGCUGUAGAAAUGCGCGAUGAUCCUCGACUUCGCACUGUUCCCAUGGCUGUUGGAUCUAUGGCUAUGCUGAGCACCUCGAACUACAUCGCCCGCCGGUUUGGGGUGAGGGCAGCUAUGCCUGGAUUUAUCGCGAAAAAGCUCUGUCCUCAACUGGAGAUUGUAGACGUAAAUUUCAGAAAGUACAAGCAAGAAAGUGCAAUUUUCGAGGCUAUAUUCGCAGAGUAUGAUGAAGAUUUAUCGAUGGGUUCUUUGGAUGAAGCCUAUCUUGACCUCACUGCUUACGUAGCAGCCAGAUCAGAACCAAGAACAUUUACUCGGCGUCAGUAUGGCGGCGAAUGUAUCUGCCGAUUGCCUCUUAUUGUGGAGGAAGUGGCUUCUACUUCGUCGGUGGAGAUGUGCAAAAAUUGUGGAAAAGAGCGGAAAGUUUAUGAAGAUGAUGUGGAAUUUGGGACGAGCCGAGCAGAAAUUGUGCGAGAAAUCCGCUUCCGAGUCGAGCAAGCCACUGGAUUGACAUGUAGUGCUGGAAUAGCACCAUGUUUCAAGUUGGCUAAAAUAUGUUCCGACAUGAACAAACCGAAUGGACAAUAUGAGCUUGAGAACACAUACGAAUCCAUAAUGGCGUUCUUACAUCCCUUACCGAUCCGAAAGGUGUCUGGAAUAGGCAGGGUAUCGGAAGCACUUCUACGUGCAUGCGGUGUGCAGACAGUUGGUGAUCUUAUGGAGAGACGCGUUGCACUUAAAUUUUCCUUCUCUCCUCUCUGUGUGGAAUCGUUUAUGCGCAUAGCUCUUGGUCUACCCGGUCGACCAUCUGCAUCAGAUCCGCAUCGAAAAAGUAUCUCGGUCGAACGUACUUUCACGCCAACAUCAGAUCGUGAUGUUCUCCUAGAAGUGAUGGAAGAAGUUUGUAGCAACCUUCUUAAACAUAUGCCUAAGGCAGGAAUUGCAGGUGGGCGAUGUGUGACACUGAAAUUGAAGCUGUCAUCAUUCGACGUUCUUACUCGUUCUAUCAGUCCGGGCCGAUUAGUAUCCACACGUGAAGAUAUAUUGUCCGUUGCUCGAGAGGCCCUCGACCGAGAAUUACCUAACGAGAUUCGACUAUUGGGGAUACGUUUGAGUAAUUUACAGUUCACCUAUGAUCGACCUGCAGAUACCCCUGUCUCGAUUUUGGAUUUCUGGAAAAAGCGACAAGAAAUUGAUGUGGCUGCUAACGAGGAUAACGAAGCGAACUCUGAAUCUGCAUCCGAUUUAUCCAACAUAGUUCUGUGUCCAAUUUGCAAUGUUCCUCUGAAGAAUGAUGAUCGAGUGGUGAAUCAGCAUCUGGACGAAUGUCUAAACAGUGCUGUCCUUGUGGACAGUCCCCGACCUAACGAAGUAGUUAAACCUACAAGAAAAAGGAAGGGAACUAUCGAAACCUACUUUGCGAAGAAGGAUCGUAAGUGA